AUGGGCAAUUUUACUCAGGAUAAUUGGAGGUGGGACAUGAAGUGGAGGAGGAACUUAUUUGAUCAUGAAAAUGAUUUAGCUAUGGAUUUUAUGGAGGAAAUCACUUAUAUCCCUAUUCAGAGACAUGUUAAGGACACCAUGUUGUGGAAGGCUGAACCUAGUGGUGCAUACUCAACCAAGUCAGCUUAUAGGUUAAUGAUGAACCCUAGUAUACCAGGUUCAGAUGGGAAGACUUUCAAGAUUAUUUGGAAGUUGAAAAUCCCCCCAAGGGCUGCGGUUUUUUCUUGGAGGCUUAUUAAAGACAGACUCCCCACUAGGGAUAAUCUUCUAAGCAGAAAUGUGGUUAUCCAGGAAGCUGUCUGUCCUCUGUGUGGUUUUGUGCAGGAGGAGGCGGGUCAUCUCUUCUUCAAUUGUAAAAUGAAAAUAGGUUUGUGGUGGGAAUCCAUGAGAUGGAUUCAGGUAGUAGGUCCUCUUCCAGUUUCUCCAGCAAGCCACUUUGCUCAAUUUUGUGAAGGUUUUGGUGCAGCAGUAAAUUAUAGUAGAUGGUGUGGGUGGUGGAUUGCCCUAACUAGCACUAUAUGGCAGCAUAGGAAUCUUCUGAUUUUCCAGGGCAAAAGUUUUGACUCCUCUAAAGUCAUGGAAGAUGCUCUAUUUCUAGCUUGGUCCUGGUUAAAGGCUAGAGAGAAAGACUUCAGCACUAGUUUUAACCAUUGGUCUACCAAUAUCUCGGAUUCCUUUGGUUAA